AUGAGCAUUCAUCAGGAAUCUUUUUAUAUAUCAAUUCCGAAUUUAACGAUACAGUCAAAUGAUACUGCAAGUACACUACCAUCCACUACACUUCCUAGACAAAUUUUUGUUGUACUAUUUCCAUGUAUGGCUUUAACUGGUGUUAUAUGCAAUACACUAGUAUUUGUGAUCAUGCGACGUCGGCGUAUGUCUCAUCUUUCAACAUGCUACUAUAUGGGAAUAUUAGCCAUAGUUGAUACCAGUGUCCUACUUCUCGGCUUGUCUGUAAUGUGGCUUUAUUUACUAAAUCGAUCAUGGUCAUUAUUAUUAAAAUCAACAUUUGUUUGUAAACUUCUUUCACUUUUAUUUUAUACGGUAUGCGAUGUUAGCGUUUGGCUUGUUUGCAUGAUGUCUGUCGAUCGUUGCAUAGCUGUAACACGGCCACUCCAUGCUAGUUCAAUAUGUACAGUACGACGUGCACAAAUAUGUGUCUUAAUUCUUGUUAUAUCUAUUUUAUUAAUUAAUAUGCAAUUUUUAUUUACACACUAUUUAUCGAGUGAAAAUGAUUGUACGUAUCAUCAACGUUAUGAAUUUUUUAUCGAACAUAUUUGGCCAUGGAUAGAUGCAGCUGUCUAUUCUGCGUUACCAUUUAUAUUAUUAUUAACAAUGAAUUCAAUUAUUGUACAUAGUUUAUUUCAAGCACGACGUUCAACAUCAAAUUUACAAAUUCAUCAAUCUCUAACAACACGACAAAAAAAUAAAUUGUCAACUUCAAUGUCACGAAAGUUAACAACAAUGCUUUUAGCUGUAACAUUUUUUUUUCUAUUAAGUUCAUUUCCAAUGGUUUGCUUACAAAUUUAUACGAAUAUACAAAAAAAUAAUCAAUAUAAUCAAAUGUUUGCACAACAUUAUCUUAAACCAUUAUGUGAAACAUUACAAUAUUCAAAUCAUUGUAUCAAUUUUUUUCUUUAUGCUAUAACCGGUAAAGCAUUUCGUCAUGAACUAAAACGAUUGUUUCGUAGUAUUGCCGUUAAAAUGCAUCUAUCAAAAGAUACAGUACAAAAGGUCGGCGAACGUCGAACGACAGCGUUUAAUAUUAAUUAUUUAGCUGGUGAAAAUGACUUUGAACAACGAUUGAAACAAACGAGAUUAACUCCCAUGGCUCUUCAAUUUCUUCAAUGUCGACAAUCAAUCGAUUUAGUACAUAGUAAUAGUAGUAUCAUUCAUCAACAUGUUCGACAGAAACAACAACAACAACAACUAUUACAGCCUCAAAAAAAGUUUCAUUUGAAUGAAAUAGCUAUGGCAAGAAAAGGUUUACAGAUUUCAAAUGAAACUGAUGAACAAUCGUCACUGUUAGAUAGCCAAGUUCAUUAUUCAGCAAAUUCUACACGAGAAGAUUUUACUCGUAGUCGUUCAUCCACAUUCUUCAAUGAAACUUCAAAAAAAGAGCGAUUUCGUGAUAUACGCAUAUGUUAUUUCGGAAUGUUUGUUAGCUCCAUUGUAUUCAGUAUAACUGUUUCAUCACUUUGGCCUUUUCUUCAAAUCGUUGAUCCACAUGCUGAUGCAAGUUUUCUUGGUUGGCUUGUCGCUGCAUUUUCAAUUGGUCAAUUGAUAGCAUCACCUAUAAUUGGUUACAUUGCAAAUCGAACUGAUAAUAAUAAAUUACUCUUAGUUCUAAGUACAUCACUUAUUGUAGUAGCUAACAUUCUCUAUGCGUACAUACAAAGUAUAAACAAUCUGGUGGUGUCAAAUAAAUGGUGGAUUAUGCUUGCGCGUUUUAUAAUGGGAAUUGGUGCAGCUAAUUCAACGAUAAUGCGCUCAUAUGCUUCAGCAGCAACUACACUAGGAGAAAGAACGAAUGUUAUGGCUAAUCUAUCGGCUUACCAAGGAGUGGGUUUUAUUCUUGGACCUCUGAUCCAAGCUCUAUUUGCUUUUCUUAGUUUUCCUGGUCCUAUUCAUAGGCCUUGGCUCUACUUAAACAUUUAUACGGCUCCGGCUUUUUUCAGUGCUCUAACGGGUGGUAUUAACCUUGCAUUAUUCUUAGUAACAUUUAAAGAUGUACGCAUUGUUUCGUCAUCGAGAAAGAGUUUCAAAGGAACCAGACCAGAACCAAUUUCAUCUUCAAUGGAACGGCAUGAACAAUUAAUGGCUAUUAUAUGUUGUCUUUAUAUGUUUUUUGUUGCGUACUUAACAUUUACAAAUUUUGAAACAAUAGGUUCACCACUUUCAAUCGAUAUGUACGCAUGGUCUAAAGAGCAAAGUACACGAAAUAAUGGAUAUAUACUUGGUGCACUUGGUUGCAUGUCAGUAGGAAUUUUAAUAGUUACUAAAUUAUUAGCUAAACGAUUCCAAGAUCGUGCUUUAGUAUUACUCGGUUUGGUUAUAUCUUUUGUUGGUUACUUUCUCCUAUUGCCAUGGGGUACCGAUUACCCGAGCGUUCAAAUCGCAUCGUUUACACCUACUACUGUAACUUCUACAUCAUCAAUGUCUACAUCAGCGUCAACGUUACCAACUACAACUCCUGAUAGCGAUGAAAAAGGUUGUCCACUUGAUUAUCAUUGGUGUUAUACUGUACCGCGAGUGCAACUAUGGCAAUAUAUAUUAGCAUCGGUUGUUAUUACGAUAGGUUUUUCUAUUUGUAAUGUUAUUUGUUAUUCGAUAUUUUCAAAAAAACUUGGUGAUCGUCCACAAGGCACAAUGAUGGGUAUAUUUACUAGUGCCGGUUCAUUAGCUCGUGCAUUUGGCCCAAUAACAGUUGGUUUUCUUUAUAAACAGUGGGGACCACGUGUUUUAAUGAUAUUUAUGCUUUUUAUCGUCUCAACCAGUGUUGUAGCACUAACAUUUAAUUACAAACGAUUGUAUAUUGAAACUGAAAGUGAACUGAGUGGUGAUAAUGAUGAUGAUGAUGAUGACCCAAUUAAUAUUAACAGUAGUGAACGUGCUAGAUCAAACAGCAAUAUUGAUAUUGCUUAA